AAGGGGUUAACGAGAGGGUAAGGGAAAGAGAGGGAAAGAAAGUGAUGAACGAAGGAGAGGAGGUGCAUCGGUGGUGGUGGAGGUGGUGAUGGCGGUGGUGGUGGAGUUCCGUAGCUGUACAGAGCGCUAGCGCCAAAGAGAACUGUGGUGGCGAUACCGCGCGGCGCUGCAGCCAAAUGAAAAUCAGUCCAGCGUUGGCCGCCGGCGAGGACGUAUCUGGCAUUGAUGUCAGUAUUUUGAAGAUAGAGAAAGAGAUAGAGAGAAAGACUCGACUACAUUCGCGAGAUCGAGGGGAAUCGCAGGGGCUGAGAGAAUUGUGGUAGGGCUGAGAAGUAGGUAAAGAGGGAGAAAGAAAGCCGAGGAGGACGAGAACGAGGACGAGAACGUGGUGGAGAGGGUGACGAGAGGGUAACGAUGAAAGGUAGCCAAGUCGAGACGACGGCGUCCGGGCGCUGCUGCCGCCGUCGCCGCUGCUACUGCUGACGAUCAUGAACGUUCCGGAGUUCGGUGAAAACAGGGUACAUUGUAUCUAGGUAGCCGGCUUUGUUAGAUCGGAUGAUCGACAAGUUUUAUGAAAGAAAGACUCCUCGUCGAGUCCAAUCGCGAGAGUAACGAUUCUUUUUCCCGGUUUCGUACGAUUCUCCUUUAGCGCCCAACAUUUGCUCGCGGUAAAAAUCGGCUACCGUGGAGAGGCUGAUAGAAGGAAGGUCGAGAAUAAGAGAGGAAUAGAGAUAUGUCCUCGAUGCAGCAAGAUGCAGCACGAGGGAAGCGCUUCGGUGGUUCUCCGGUUUAGUGCGUGCGCGGCGGCAAACGAGAAGAAGGGACACGUUGCUCUUGUUGCUGGUGCACGUCGUCGAUGGUGGACACGAUCACGUGCUCCCGAUAGAAGAACGAGAAGAACGAUGUCAGUGGCGUGCUCGAGGUAUCUGCGAUCGUUCGGUGGACCCUGAGACUAGAGUGGAGCAGAAAGAAGAGUCGGAGAAGGAGGAGGAGGAAGAGGAAGAAGGAGCAGGUGUAAGGUGGAUCGCUUCUUUCCAACGUCGUCGAGAGAGUCCAAGUGGUCCGCUUUUAUUCGGCGCGCCUGCAGCCACGUGCGGAGACAACCGGACGAGGAGGAGGACGCGGAAGAGGAGGAGGUGGAGGAAGACGAGUCGGAGGAGAAGAGGCAACGAGCAGCCGGUAGUGGUGCUUGUGGUGGUGCUUGUGGUCGAGAAAGAAGCGAGCUUCUCGGUUUCUAUCUUUGCAAACAUGAGACAUUGGACACUCAUGGCGGCGAUAGCCCUGGCUGCAUCGGGGCUGGUAAGCGGCGGUAGUCACGAGAAGCGGCUGCUGAACAAUCUGCUGGAUGCGUAUAACGUCCUGGAGCGGCCGGUGGGAAACGAGUCCGACCCCCUCGUCUUGAGCUUCGGCCUUACGCUUAUGCAAAUAAUCGACGUCGACGAGAAGAAUCAACUGCUCAUCACGAAUCUUUGGCUGAAGUUGGAAUGGAACGAUGUAAAUAUGAGGUGGAACAUCUCGGAUUAUGGGGGCGUCAAAGAUCUCAGGAUCCCUCCGCAUCGACUUUGGAAACCGGACGUUCUCAUGUAUAACAGCGCGGACGAAGGGUUCGACGGUACUUAUCCAACGAACGUCGUCGUAAAGAACAAUGGCACCUGCUUAUACGUGCCGCCCGGUAUAUUCAAGAGCACUUGCAAGAUAGACAUUACCUGGUUCCCCUUUGACGAUCAGCGCUGUGAGAUGAAAUUUGGCUCUUGGACUUACGACGGCUUUCAGUUGGAUCUGCAAUUGCAAGACGAAGCAGGAGGUGACAUCAGCAGUUUCAUCACUAACGGCGAGUGGGAUCUGUUAGGGGUCCCUGGUAAAAGAAACGAAAUUUAUUACAAUUGCUGCCCGGAACCGUACAUAGACAUCACCUUUGUGGUCAUCAUUAGAAGACGUACGCUUUACUAUUUCUUCAACCUAAUCGUGCCGUGCGUAUUAAUCGCCAGCAUGGCCGUUUUGGGAUUCACCCUGCCACCCGAUUCCGGCGAGAAACUCUCCCUCGGGGUAACGAUUCUCUUGUCUCUCACUGUGUUCCUUAAUAUGGUGGCCGAAACAAUGCCAGCUACGUCGGACGCUGUCCCGCUGUUAGGGACGUAUUUCAAUUGCAUCAUGUUUAUGGUCGCCAGCAGUGUCGUUAGUACGAUCCUCAUUUUAAAUUACCAUCAUCGAAAUGCCGACACUCACGAGAUGUCCGAAUGGGUCAGGAUUCUUUUCCUAUAUUGGUUACCAUGCUUACUCCGAAUGUCACGACCAACCGACAAAGAGGAAAAAGAAACGCAGAAAUCUCAAAAGCCAUCUCCGGUCACCGGUACGAGCAAAUCGUAUGGUGAUUUGGAGUUGCAUCAAAGGAGUAGCAAAUCACUGUUAGCAAACGUCCUGGACCUGGAUGACAACGCGCUGGCGUCUCACAACAAUUUAUUGAACAACGUGUACAGUACACCGGGUCCACACCAUCAUACGAUGGGCCACGGACACAGUCACAUACAUUCGACGCCUCAUCAUCAUCACAGUCACGCGACUCCCACGCCGCAUCAUCAGCAUUCGACGCCGUUAGCUCACUCUUCCUAUCCUGGCCAUCAGCUUGGCCACACGCCGCAUCAUCAUCAGCAUCCGUCAGACACGGCGGCGCCACAGGUCGAGACGAUAUUUCAGAACGCCUGCUUCUGUGCGCGUUACGAGCUCAUACUGAUCCUCAAGGAGAUCAAGGUGAUAACGGAUCAGUUAAAGAACGACGAGGAAAACACGAAGGUGACGAACGACUGGAAGUUUGCGGCGAUGGUGAUCGACAGGAUGUGCCUAAUCAUUUUUACUCUGUUCACCAUCAUCGCUACCAUCACCGUCCUAUUAUCGGCGCCGCACAUCAUCGUCACGUGAUUCAGAAAAGCCAGGCAACUGCCAGUAGUUGAUCGUCGAAGAUCCGUACUGGAAUGCGCUCGAUUGAUCGCGAGAGCGAAAAAAUACGAUGGAGAGGAGCGGAUGAAGAUGAUCGAAAGAAAGAGAAGGAAGAAGAAAAAAGGAAACGCUAUCGAGAAAGAGGAAAACCGAUGUUCCUUUCGUCCUUCUAUUUUCCCCUCGUUCGUCGCGAGAUCCUUCUUCUUCGUCAUUGACGAACUCGAAGCACUCGUUUACGCUUCGCGUCGUUUAAAAGCGGAAGUUGAAGGGAUGCGAUACAGGAAGGAACUUACGAUCUCGACUUACGUCACGUAAACGUAACGUUUCUUUUAAAAAAGAGAAAGAAAGAAAAAGAGUAAGGGAAAAAGGAGAACGAGGACACCUUAUCGAAGCAGCAAGUCGACGUAUGUACGUGGCUACGCGAUGGUCGCAGAGGGUGGUAGUAGGAUCGUGAGAAGGUAAACGAGGAGGAACAACGGAAAUCUCAGAGAAUACGAGCACACACAAACGCGUACGUUCCUCGAUAGCAGUCGAUAUUUCUUCCAUAGUUAUAUAUCACGUUUUUAUAUCAUAUCUUGAAAGGGGCUUAUCAAAUAGUUCCAACGUGUUUCCUCCCUCGCCUUUUUUUUCUUUUCUUUUUUCUUGUUUCUCAUCUUUUCUCCUUGACUUCCAAUCCAAAUUUCGCUUCUAUUGAUUAAGUUUCACUUUGGAUUAUCCACGAUAUCGAAAUAAUUAUUUUCAUUCUUAUACGUAUCUUUAGAAAAAUAUUCUGGGAAUAUCGGUCCGGAAAUAUAAUCCGUGUUUAAUAUCUAUAAAAGAUUCUAUGUAAAUCUGUUGUUGAAAUUAUUCAGAAAAAAGGAAAGAAAGAAAAAAAAAAAAGAAGAAUUUGUGUCCCUCGAAAUCGUUCAAUAUUUCGUGACUGCUACUUCGGGGUACGUGCGUAUAAGCGUGAAGAGAACACAUACGCACACAUGAGCACACCAAGAUGUUUACACAUGCAGAUAAAAUAAAGCAAUUCGAUGGGUAUGUCGAUGAGAAAAAUAGAGACGAAGAGAGAGAAGAAAAAAGAGGA